AUGUAUGAUGAACAAAUCGUAGAUUUCCGUAAUUCGGAAAAUGACAUGAUCUAUGGUAGUGUGUUGUUAGAUGAUUCGGAUACACGAAUACUGCUUCUGUGGAUUACAAUAUACAUUUGCCUUUUGGUGAACAGCGUUCGAUCAAAAAGUUUUUUCAUUCAUUCUGCGGUGGUCAAUGGAAAAAAGAAAAUCGUUGCCACCGAGGUGAACUCUACGGCAUCCUCAUUUCGAAACGGCGCCUCUGCAACGAAGGAGAUUCUGACUGAACCGAAGUCUGCCAAGUUUGAGAUUCCACUGUCGUCUGCCGACCAAGAAUGGCUCGGAUCACUGCUAUACCACCCUAAUGAGAGUGAUAUACGAAUAAGAAAGGAGUACAGGCAAUUAUCUAAAGAAGAAAGAGAAAAUUUAAAUCUAGCAUUUAAUCUGUUAAAGAACGACACAUCAGUCAGUUUGAACAAAUAUGAUCUGCUAGCUAAUAUCCAUGCUAGAUCUUCAGCUAAUGCUAAUGCACACCAGGGACCAAAUUUUAUGGGCUGGCACAGAGUUUUUCUUCUGAUGAUGGAGAAUGCUUUGAGACAGAAAGUAAAGACCGUAACAAUACCAUACUGGGAUGUUACAUUGGAUGAAGCCAUGGACAAACCUUACAAUUCUAUCAUCUGGUCACAUGACUUUAUAGGAAGCGGUGAUGGGGUCAUCAAAAAGGGGGCUUUUGGUCACUGGAAAACACAGUUUGGGUAUGGCUACCUAAUGCGUUUUUUAGGUGGACAAGGGAAACUAAUGUCAAAGGAAAAUGUGGAGGACAUUUUAUCAAAAAGCAGACUAGGGGAGAUUACAAAUCCUCGAGCAGAAAAGAAAUUCAACAUCGAAGAAAUACACAAUGAUGUUCAUGUGUGGAUCGGUGGGCAAAUGAAAACAAUAGAAAUAGCUGCUUUUGAUCCAAUGUUUUAUCCUCUUCACUCAUUCACAGACUGUAUAUGGACAGAUUUUAGAGAACAACAAAAAGCAAAAGGAAUUGAUCCUACUUCCGAUUAUCCUGAAUUCUAUGGAAGACCAACACACUCACCCUUUGCUCCAAUGUCUUUGGGAAGUGUUAUGGUUAUUGAUGGAAUAAGUGACAUUUGGAAUCAAUAUGUGCACUAUACACCAAGGCCUUCCUGUAAUGAAACUUACAAUGGUUGUAUUUCUCCGUACAUUAAAUGUGAUAUUUCUAAAAGAAAAUGCAUAUCUAAAAGUCGUAAUGAAGUUGAACUUGAAAAUCAUUCAUCAAAAUUGAAAAAUAAUGAUAUAAUGCCAACUAAACUAGUGCAAACAGGAUUUGAAAAUAAUGUCCAUUUAAGCAAAGAAACAGACUCUGAAAUGUUGUACAUUUCAAACAUACAGCUUAUAAAUAUAUCAGCUGCUGUUGGUUACAUAAAUUUCAAUAAAAUAAGUGAAACAUCAAUAGCAGCUCACAAGGUAGUGAAAAUAACAACAAUUUCAGAUGUUUACCAGUUCUAUUCAUAUUUAACAGCUUCUCAUACAGAUUUGAUUAACUUGUUGUUAUUUUUAAUAUAUUUGAGACAAUUUCACUUUAAACCAGAACACUAUUGAAUUCAUUAAGAAAUAAAAUAUGCAGAGAUUUA